AUGGACAAAUUCCCGUAUCUCGUGAUCCGUGGUAUUUGCGAUUACGCGGACUAUCAUAAGAGUGAUCGAUGGCAACGAUAUGCCGCUACUACGGCUGUUGCUUUUGCCGUUGAGCUUCUUGAUUCCAGGUAUCUGCUUGUCCUCUACGCUGAGACCCCCGAGUCAGAAGAGGCUGCUCAUAACCAUCAAGAACUCCUCUUAUCCAAAUUCAGCAUUGAUAGCGGCGACCAGCUUGCGAGUAUUGAAUUGCUGACCGUUAAUCGGAGAAUAUUGGUCGUUUCCUCAGACGCAAAGUUUGUGGUUUUACAAACACUGAGAGGGGCAUUCACGAUUUUGACCGACACAGGAGAGUCGCUUUACCAGUUCGAAUUGCGCUCCGACGUAUACCAUGCCUCGCUGUCCAAGAAAGAUUCGGUUCUUGUCACGUAUGAAAGCAAUUAUUUCACUCUCAAGGACUCCUCAACCGGUCUGCUGUUGCGUCGCCUGGAGAUAGAUACCAGCUUUGCGCCGGUGCGAUUCAAUUUUGAUGCCUACACUAAGGAGUUCCACACUAAUGUUGGCACACUGGCACUUCGUAAAGCGUUCAAAGAUGAAACUCGCAGAAUUCGUUUCGAUGAGAGUUUGACGGGAUACGGGAUCAGUGACGAUGGAUCUUGGUUGCUAUGGAAGCACCACAAGAUUUUCUGGCUAUGGCCAGAAAUACGACCCUGGGUAGGUGAUCAGGAGCCUGUGGGUUAUAUCGAGGUUUCUGGAUCGACGGUGAUUAUUGGAACAAUUCCAGGUCGUGUUCUAUUCUUCAAGUUUGAUAUACAUAGUCUUCUCGGAAUGCAGUAG